ACAUUAUUAUUAUUUCAAUUCCACACAAUUUUUCACAGGAUGCAUCUAGUUUUUGAGCUUAUGAUCGGUUUUCUCAAUUUCCCGCCAAUAAUUGGAGUACUUUAGAAACAAUUUUCUUUUUUUCUUGCUUUUUCCCACCAAUUCGCUUCAAAUCUCUUCACGCAAACCCACUUUUCUUACAAUCCCAUCUCAUUUCUUUGACAAUUUACAGUUUUUUGUGAGAAAGAUACAACAACCUGCACGCAUAAUUUAGAAAAUGAAGAAGGUUUAAUAUUUAUUUCUUGAAUAUAUUUUAAGCUAACAAAAAAUCAUGAAAAUGGAUAUACAUUUAAUUGCACAAAAUACUGCAACCAUUUCAAAGAAUUGCAGGCUGAAUUAGUGACAACAUUUCGGUUAUCAAGAACGUGCACUUUUAAAGUAAUUUUGAGCAUUGCUUCAUGUUCAAAAACAUAGAAUUUUUAAAACACAAAUGGUUAUAGAAACAAAAUUAAAAACGUAUAAAACUGGUUGAUGAUAUAUUUUUUUUGGUCGACUGUCAAAUUAUGAUUGGUAAAACUAAGUUAUCACCACAUUUUGGCUGUAAAUAAAAAUUUCUGAAAAGGUUCACAAUGAUAUUUAGACGUUUUAGCGUUUUUUUUUUAAAUUUCCACUUAAAAAUUCAAUUGAAGUCUUUUUAGUUUAUUUUCCCAUUACUGUUUUUUGCCGACCUCUUGAAAUUUAGGGGAUGUGUAAAUGUAGACAUAUGUACAUUUUGGAAGCUUUUUUUAAAAAGAAAUAUCAUGAUUCUUAAAAAAUCUGAUAAAAUAAAUAAAUUUCCACUUGAUAAAAAAAUUCCAGAUUAUGUAUUGUCUUGUUAAAUGUUUUGACCUACUAUUUACAAAGCGUAGUUUCAAAUUAAUGUGAAAAAUGAAUCAGUGAAAACAAAAACAGCAGAUUUCAUUCAUUAGACACACACACACACACCAUAUCUCUAAAAACAAGGAAUUACAUGCAUUUUCUCUUUAUUUUUCCACAUCUCGGUGACCCAUGUAAACGCCUAAUUGAAAAUGAGAUACGACAACGACGUCUAAACAAACAUCGGUGAAGCUUAGAAAACAAUGAAUUUGUGUUGUCUGGAUUCUUGGAAAAUUUGGAAAUGAGACAAAACCAAAUUUGCCACCUUUAUAUUUAAUGUUCCACAUUUUAGAACUGUUUCAAAAAAUAUAAUUUUUAAUCGUGGAUUCUAAUUUCAGAUAACAUAAUGCAAUAAAGGCAGAAUGUGCUUUAAAUCGUUUGAAAUAAUCGCAUUAUUCCAAAAUACAAAAAAAAAAGAAAAAAUAUUUAGGCACAAUACCGGAAUCUCAUUUUGCAUCUUUGAAAAUUAAAAAAUCUUCUCAAAAUGUUUUCAAAUCUUUAGUUAACUGUUUUAAACACUUGCUAUUAUCAAUUAAACUUGUAGAAAUCAAUACCUGAAAUACCUGAAAAUGUGGUAUUUUUCUAUGCUGUAUUUGCUUUUAUCCUUCAACAUUUCAAAGUUUCUUUCUUUUUUCCAUUAUUCAUGACUAUACAAUUUGGAAAAGCAUGAGCAAGUGAAUUGUCUCUAUGGAUACAUCCUGCGCAUUUGAGCACAUAAAAUAUUUUUCAAGAAAUCCUUUCACCAUUCUUUCUUUUUCAUUAUUUGUUCAAAAACAUCUCAAAAAUGUCAAACGUUGACCGAUAUGAUGUUCACCGGGAUGGUAUUGAGAAAGAUCGAAAAAGGUCUCGAAGCCGAAAACCUCAUCAAAAUGGUCAAAGCCAGUCAACUAUGGAUAACCGUCCUCCAUGGAAUAAUGAUACAUACAUCGAAGGAUAUGAUGAUGUUGAUGAGCAUGGAAAGUUCAGAAAACGAGGAGGUGGAAUGCCAAAGACUAUUGACAGACAGCAAGAGGAAUUGACGAAAAACUGGACCGAAUCUCUUCGUGAGCAACACCAUCAACCACAAAAACAAUGAAGUUGCCGCAUGGAAAUUCAUAAUUUCUAACUUUUAUUUGUACUGAUAUCUAUAGAAUUGCAAUUUAUUCAUAGCUCGCUCAAAAUGUUAAAUUACCAAGCGAAAUUAUAUUGUUACAUACAACAUACAUAGUUAACUCAAAUAAAUGAUUUAUAUUGU